UACCAGUACUGUACAUCAUACAGUGAGAUACUAGCUAGUAUGUUCGUUCCUGUCUCGUGUCUAUCGUAAUCGGUCAUAGAUUUUUACCACAGUGCCACGGUGGAUUUUUUUGGUCUACGAUGUAUAAUGGAAACAACGACGACCACGGCAUACUGUACGAUAGACACUACUCUAAUAGUAGUUUCGCCAAACAGCAGCUCGCAGACACACGAGGGGGUGUAAAAAGCACGAUGAUGAAUAUCUUUCGCCGGAAGGAAAAAGGGGGGAAGGCAAAGCCCAAGGAAUAUUUACCAAGCGCUACGACGUCUCCGACGCGAGUGGGGAGCGAGGAGACAGAGAAGAACGAAUACAGCAAGUACGGCAUCGCUAGCCCCCGAUGAAAUUCAAGACGGGAGCCCAAAGCUUGGGACUGAAUAAGGCCGAAAAGGAAAUUAAAAAAGAUGGACUUGGAAAUCACUUGAAAGCCAAGGCCGGUGUUUAUAGCGACGAGGCAACGAUACUUGUGCAUCUCUACGGCCGUGGAUUUUUGGGGGGAAACAGAGAAGAACGACUCCAUAAGGUCGAGGUACUGUUGCGGAGCAAGAAAGCGAUAGCUAACUUGCUCACAUUGGUGAAAAAAGACGGAGACAGGGAUGACACGGCGGAAAAAAGCCAAUUGUACAUCAAUACCAAAGUGGUGCUGGAGCGCUACUUGGGGCAGCCGGGUGCGUUUAGCUUUCUCGUUGACGAUUCUUCCCGAAAGCUCACACUGUACUCCCAGACUCAGGCCCGCGGAAACUGCUUCAUUUAUGGGCCAUUGCUUUCCAAUUCCUACCUGCUCCAGAAGCAUGGUUUGGGCCUCGGGGUCAUUGAUGUCCAAAAGUAUAUAUGUCGGACCUUCACAGAUCAGGAACUGUAUGAUUACGUCCUCUUCGACAAUGGUGGUGACUCGGUCAGCACUUUUGAGACGGUCCUCAAAGUCACAUAG